AUGAAUUUGAUAAAUUAAAAAAUAGUUAAGGCAGGAUUGAUUGGUUUAAUUGGCUUCACCUUAAUAGCCUAAUAAUAAUAAUACAAUCGAUUUAAAUGUGCUGCUCCCUAUUUUUCAUUCAUUUCUCAUACAGAAUUAUAAUAAUUUCGUCUGAGGUUCCCCAGUCUCUAUGUAUUAGAUAAAUUUCAAGUUGAACAUAUACUAAGUGUAAUACGCAAUAAAACUACCCAAACUAAAGUAGAAUAAUAAGUCAUUUUAGGAUUUUAGAUUAUAUUCUGAUCGAUUAAUUAGAUUACUACUUGAGAAAGCUGUGUCAGAGCACAAUAAAAAAAUGUUGCCUUAAGAAGGAUAACAGACUUAAUAAUAAAAAGCAUAAGUGAUAAACUUUGAACAUAAUUAAUUUUGUGUAGUAGUAAUGAUAAGAUCUGGAAAUGCAUUUAUGGGUGAGGCUCUAAAAGUGCUACCAGGUACAUCAAUUGGAUUCAUCUUAGUUUAGGAACAUCCUUAGACUAAAGAUGCAUAAUUAAUUUAUUGUAAAUUACCAGAUGACAUAGAUCAAAAAUAGGUAUAUAUAUAAAAUUAAAAUUAGGUAAUUCUUACAGAUGCUAUGAUUACAACUGGAGGUAGAAUCACUACUGCAAUAAAGGCAUUGUUAUCAAAUGGAGUUAAUUAAGAUAAUAUUACAGCAGUUAACAUAGUUUCAUGUGAAAAAGGUCUAUCAAAAGUGCUUCAUUAAUUUCCUAAAGUGAAAGUAAUUACUGCAGGAGUGGAUCAUGCAUUAAAUACUAUUCAAGAUCUACGUUUCCCAGGAGUAGGUGAUUUUGGAGAUCGAUACUUUGGAACUGUAGAUCCAUAAUGA